GUAAUUGUGACUAGAAUGGGUUUUGAUGAAGAAACAGAUGUGCUAAUCAACACCAUCAGUACAGUGCAAGGCUUGAAAAUUGUGUAUUUAGAUUCUGAGGAAAGAGGGACUUUUCUAGAGAGCCAAGAUGUAAUAAGUAGUUUGGAAAGAUCCUCUUGUGUGGUUGUAUAUAAUCAGAAUAUUGGACCUGAUUUCCCUUGGACUCAUUUUUCAUUAGUGGUGGAGUAUAAUUAUUCAGAAAAAUCCUGCUGGCUUGAUAAUUGCAAAAAUCUGAAUGUUUCUUACAUAACUUUCAUAACUGCUGUUCCAGAAACAUUUGGGAUUGAAGAGGUUUCUCCAGAUAAUUUUGGGUGUGUUCUCCUGGAACUGCCAAUUCCAUAUGUUUUUCUGACAUCUGAGGGCCUUCUCAGUACCCCAGAAAUCCUUCAGUUACUGGAGUCCAAGUACAAUAUUACAUUUAUUGAGAGGAAGUGCUGUGAGGCAUUACAGUUCUUUGGAAGCACGGACCGUUACAUCGUGAUGACUGUAGAUGAAUGCACUGCUAUCGUUAUUCAGAACAUGGAAGAACUUGGUUAUGAAAAAUCUUCUGAUAGUAUUGUGUUACGGCUUGUGGUGCUGUCACUCCAGUACAGCUCCUGUUGGAUUAUUUUAUACUCCCAAGAAAGAUUAAAUUCAGAGUAUAGCUUAGCUGGAAAGACCCUGCAUCACCUAACCUUGAUUUAUGCAGCCUUGGUUUCAUUUGCACAGAAGUCAGAAGACUUUGAUGUAAAGGUGGUUCUUACACCAGGAGUUGAAGAGACAGCCCUUUUGGUUCGUCAGAUUGCUGACCACAUUUUGAUGACUUCUCAAAGACAUCCUCAGGAAUGGCUAGACAAAUCUUGGCUUUCCGUCUUGCCGUCAGAGGAAGAGAAAUCCUUGUUUACAUUUCCGUGCAUGAAUCCUCUAGUGGCUCAAGUCAUGUUAAAGAAAAGCUCUUCACUGGAGUGGCUUCUGUCAGCAACUUUUGACCAGCUUCAUGCACUUCUGCCUGAAGUGCCUGAGAAAGUUCUGAAGCACUUUAGUGACAUCACAUCACUGUACAUCUUGAACCCUCCAGCAAAGCCAAAACUUCCAGAAGAAACUGUGUCAAUUCAAAAUAACAUAAAGGGCUCUAUCAGCUCUUGCUAUGAAAUUCCCUUUCCCAAGGCAGUGUUAUCUGGCUUUCAAGGACACAAUCCCUUUACUGAAUGUUUUGGAAACUACGGUGAAGUACACAACAGCAAAAAAUGUUCCCCAGUUUACUACCAAAAUGAGUCUUAUACUCCUCUGAAAUCAGGUGGAAAGCACAGCAGCUUAAGGGCACUAUACCAGGAAAAAGUUUGUUCCUUACGGGAUAAUACAGGCAUAGAGCAGCAACAGUACAUUCCAUUCGCGAAAAAAAUGGAAGUGGAAAAAAGAACAACUUCAUCACUGCUACCACCAGAUGAUCUGAAAGGAUGUCCCCAUAUUAACUUUGAAGCUACAAUGCCAUAUUUAGCGUACAACCUGGGUGGAACAAAUACGUAUCUUGAAAAUGGCGCGCAAAACAGAAUGUACUGUUCAAAAGCUGCAGGCCAAAAGCUUGCUCAUCAAGAUAUUGAAAAUGUACUGGAGGUGAAAAAGCAGCCACUUGUAAAGCAAUGUAAAUCUAGCAAGGAUUCCAAAUCUUCUUGGCAUCUUGUCUCUGGCAGAGAAGAUUGUCCAAUCCAGCAGAGCUCUCUGAGUUUUCUAGGAGAACUUGGUGCGACAGGAUAUAGUGGUCCAAAAUUUCAGUUUGAGGAGAUGUUUUGGGGUAACCAGUCAUCCGUGCUAGCAAUGGAUUCAUCUCCCCAUGAUUCAAGUUUCAGCAAAGCGUUAUCUACUCCAGAUAGAUUCUUUAAUUUGGACUUUCCAAUAACAGGAGAGUACACAAGAAAGAAAAGUCCCAAUGUGUUAUCAUCUAAUCGAAGAGAAUGCGUUUCAGCAGCAGGUUUAAAAUGCACCCAGUUACCACAACUGAAAAAAAGACGUCUAACCUACGAAAAAGACCCUGGGAGAAGCGAUGGUCAAACACGUCUCAAAUUCCUUUAAAGGAAAUGCAAUCUCACCUUUCACACUGCUGUUUAUAUGUGAUAUGCUUUAAGCAGUUUUAAAAGAAUGUUAUAAUUUAUUGUAAUAC